AUGGCUUCCUGCCGUGUGUGUGACCUCAGGGCGCUGGUGGCCAUCGUGUGUGGGCUGCUGACCACCAUCGUUUUGGGACUGAGCAUCUGGAGGGUCAUUGUCAGGAUCCAGAGAGGAACAUUUGUCCCCACAUCAAGCACUCCUAUAGUGUACUGCAGUAAUGGUGGAACCUGGGAAAAUGGCAGAUGCAUUUGUACAGAAGAGUGGAAAGGAUUGAGUUGUACAAGGGCUAAUUUCUGUGAAAAUAGCACCUAUGGUGAUUUUACUUUUCCCAGAAUUAUAGCUGGAAGAUAUGGAUCUUCCUUUCAAAUAUGUGGCAAGAACACUCGAAAUGCGGGCAAGCCAAGAGCAACCCGGCUGUGCAAUCUUAAUGAAGAUAAAGAGAUGGUAUUAGAAAAUGUGACAAUAGGAAGCUGCGAUAUAAAUCUGGAAAGUCUGGAAAAGCAGAUAGAUGAAAUCUCAACAAGUUCUUCAAAUAUUUCUGUUGAAGCCCAGAUUUUAACAUCUGAUACCUCUAUGUUAACUCCUGACAAUAUCACUUCUGCUUCUCGAGUGGUUGGACAGAUCUUCAACACAUCCAGAAAUGCUACACCCGAGGCAAAAGUAGUUGCUGUAACAACAGUGAGUCAACUUCUAGAUGCCACGGAAGAGGUCUUUAAAGAAGCUGCUGCUAAAGAUGAUAAUGCCUUCACAACGCUUAUUAGGGAAAUAGAGGAUUAUUCCUGGUCUUUGGGCAACAACAAGUCAUUGGUGAACCCUAAUAUAGCAGUACAGUCUAUUACUGUCUCUUCAGAAGGCACUGUGGGGUCUACAGGUGUCCUCUUCACUGUGAAGAAAGGAGCUAGCAGUUCUCUUGUUUCUGGUUCCACAGAUGUAGAUACAAAUGUGGACAGCCUUCGUCCAGAUGACACGACUGAACUUCAGAUCUGGCUCAAUACUUCGAAAAGUAAUACCACAUCAUGUGGCUUUAUAAUGUAUCAAAACAACAAGCUCUUCCAAUCAAAAACUUUUACAACUAAAUUAAAUAUUAGCCAAAAAAUUAUCUCAAGCACAACUAAUAACACGGAGGACAAUCAGAGUGCUUCUGUUAAAAUGCUCUUUCGUCCACAGUACAACACAAAAGAAUUAAAAGUCCAUUCCUUUGCCUGUGUCUAUUGGAAUUUUACAAUGAAUGAUUGGGACACAAACGGCUGUUACAAAGAUGGAGAAAGUGAUGGACUCCUGCAUUGCCGCUGCAACCAUACCACUAAUUUUGCAAUAUUAAUGAGUUUCAAAAGGAACUAUAAAUAUCCUGACCCACUUGACAAAUUAUCCACCUUUGGAUGUGCGCUGUCCAUUACUGGCCUGGCUCUCACAAUUAUAUUUCAGAUUGUCACCAGGAAAGUCAGGAAAACUUCAGUAACCUGGGUAUUGGUCAGUCUGUGCACAUCAAUGUUGAUUUUCAAUCUCCUCUUUGUGUUUGGAAUUGAAAACUCCAAUAAGAACUUAGACACACGUGACAUCAAUCUUACUGCUUCUAAUAAAAAUGAAGUUCCCACAAGAGAAAUUAUGGACACUUCGAAUGCCCAGUGCACGGCGAUUGCUGCCUUGCUGCACUAUUUUCUGUUAGUGACGUUUACCUGGACUGGACUCAGUGCUGCACAGCUCUAUUUCCUUCUCAUUAGGACCAUGAAGCCUCUUCCUCGACAUUUCACUCUUUACAUUUCUUUAAUUGGAUGGGGAGUCCCAGCUGUCGUGGUGGCUAUGACGAUGGGAAUUACUUUUUCUCAGGAUCCUUCACAAUGGGAGUUAAACUACCGGCAAGAAGAAAUCUGCUGGCUGGCAAUUUCAGGAAGAGGUGAUUCUUUUAUAGGAAGUCCAUUGUUGUGGUCCUUCAUUCUGCCUGUGACCAUCAUCCUCAUCAGCAAUGUUGUUAUACUUAUCAUCAUUAUAGUCAAAGUGCUGUGGAAGAAUAACCAGAAUCUGACAAGCACAAAAAAGGUUUCAGUGCUAAAGAAGAUUUUUAGCACGGUAUCAAUUGCAGUCGUUUUAGGAAUGACCUGGAUUCUGGCAUACUCUAUGCUAACUGAUAAUGAUAACGUCAGGGUCGUCUUCAGCUACAUAUUCUGCCUCUUCAACACUACUCAGGGGCUGCAGAUUUUUAUCCUCUACACGGUCAGGACAAAAGUCUUCCAGAGCAGGGCGUCCAGAGUCCUGCAGUCGCUGUCGGCGUCCGCGGCCCGUGAGGNGCGCCUGCGCGCGCGGGUGUACAACAUGCUGCGCUCGCUGCCCGCGCUGCACGAGCGCUUCCGGCUGCUCGAGUCCUUCGCGGGCCCCGAGGACACGUCGGUCUCCGACGACCAGGCGGACGCGAGCAUCUAG